GUUUGUGGCAAUGGUGCGCCAGUUUUUCGGGACCCUCGUCGAUCGUCACCUUUCGAAGCGAACUGCCCGUGGUGACAGUUUUUCGCCAGAUGGCUUCCAGACAAGAGUCUCUCCAAAACCGUGGUACGUUAGGCGCUGGGCGCCUCCUCGUGGUGGCGCUGCUCGUGGCAGCAUGCUUCGUUGGCAGUGGAUUGGCAUCACUGAACUGUAAAAUAUGUCACUCGAUCGGAAACUACGAGGAGUGUCUGCGCAGCCCGUCCGCCCCGUGCACGGCCUCGCUCGUCAACACGUCCCACCUGUUCCUGUCGUCCUCCAAUCCGACCCUGCGCAACGUAUCGUACCCGGGCCCAGUGCCGGAGUUCCAGUGCUUCCAGGUGAACUACACGGUCGGCGUGAUGUGGCACUACCAGAUGGGCUGUACGUACGCGACGACCAAAAUCUGUGAGGGAUGGAAAACGGCUAGCAAGUGUCUUACGACUCGCUCGAACGUCAUGGGCGUACCGGGACGGGUGAAGGUGCCACUGCGGGCCGAUUAUAACCCGAACGGGCCACCGAUACAGAUCCAUCCGCACCCGAACGGUGCCGCUGCGGCCGUACCAGUGCAGCGCAGCAGCAAGUCGGUCGCUUCCGGACGAAGUGCCAUCGAAUGUUUGUUCCUUUCGCUGGUGUUCGGUUGGGUGGCAACAACGCUGCUAAGAUACUGAGGGAGGGCGAUGGUAGUUGAAAUAAAGUUAUAAGAAUUAUGCUGUAUGCCCGAAGAA